UGUGUGUGUGUGUGUGUGUGUGUGUGUGUGGAGCAGGUGUCUGCCCUCUACCCAUACAUUAACCCAUGAACUCUCCAAGGUUUAAGACAAAUAUCUGAUAUGUUCAAACAGGAGGCGUUUGAGCGCCUUACAUAGGUAUCUAACUGCCUUAGGCAUGAUGCAUUUUUGGUUUGAGAUCAGGAACCCUGUAAGGAUGUGUAAGUACACAUGUACGUGUAUGUAGCUUAAAUAGACAAGUUACUGGCCAUGGGAGAGGGUUUAUUUCUCUCUGGAUCUCCAUCUCUAGACUAUCUGUCCUGAGACUGUUGUCGCUGAUCAUCUCUGGAUGCGAAAGAGUAGCUAAUACCCUAUCCACAAGGUGGUGGUUGUUCUCUUCUGGGUUUCUGGGAUCUACUGGGCUAAAUGGAAGGGCAACAACAGAGCUUCCGUUACAUCUGUCACUGUCCGUGUGUCUAGUGAGUGCGUGCGUGUCCUGUGUGUAUCAGCGUUUUGCGUCUCUCUAUCACAUGCGCACGCAGGCGUGUCUGAGGACCUGGUGAGGCUGCGAGGGGUGCGUUACGGUGUUUGUGAAAAACAGGCGCAUGCGCCUCCGUAAAAAGCCACGGGCGUUCGGCAGGCAGACCGCAGCGGCGGUGUGCAGAUUUUACAUGCUAGAUAGUGCGCGGACAGGUUGAGAAACUGGGAGAGUGAGACCACCGAGGGGGAGCCGGGAGGUCGCCAUCAGACGUGCGAAUGGGACAGCUAGCCUCAGAAAAUAGAAGACCUCGUAAGGAUUAUCGAUCUCACAUUUUCGACCAGAAGCGAGGGGAGCGGGGAGCUUCUCGAGACGUUCUGAUCCCCUCCUCCGAAUCUGUCGCCGCAUUUCCUUGUAGGGGCCAGAGAGGAGAAGGAACACAAUCGCAGAAGGGAUUACAAUGACAGUUCGGUGAUCUCAGUACAGCCUACAAUACGGACGCAAUGGUAAAACAAAGCUGAGCACAGGCAAGCCUGUGUGUGUGUGUCUGUGCCUAUGUGUGUGUGUUUCUAUGCAUAUGUGCACCAAUCUGGAGUGAUGAGAAGGCAAACCUUAUCGGGGAUCAGUGUCGCUGGUGUCAUCUGUCAGGGUUUUUAUCCUGAGCUCAGGGUUCACCGUGUCCACCGUCGGCCUCCCCUCGCCUGUGCUGGGAUAUGAUGGAGAGCCCCAAUGGCUCCGGCAACGACACCAGACCGCACAUUCACCAGCUGGAGAAGAAACGGUUAAAUCGUGCACCGUCCCCUGCGAGACCUUUCCUGAAGGAUGCCCACUCCCGUUCUCCAAAAACGCCCGCCAUCGUACCAAAAUCUCCCAAACUCAACAAGCAGCAAGCACCCACAGUGCCAUUAGCCACGCACAGUCGUCUGUCACGGCGAACCUUAACCGGGGCGAAGGACAAGCCCGCGCCGGCAAAAAGUCACCCCAAGUCCUCGGUGACCAAAAAGAACGUUAAGGUCACGCAACAUGUAGCGGCAUCAGAGACGAAAACCGCCAGCAAAGUGGUCGACAGCAGUCCACACCUCGCCAAAAGCAAAAAGGGCAGAAUAGCCCCCCUCUCUCAUGGACCCCUUGGCCAUGGUUCCCCCAUCUGCGUUCCCACCGGUGCUAUUAUCGGCCGUGUCGGUCAGACAGACAGCAGUUCCGACCUGUCUGACUGCCCUUCCGAGCCGCUAUCCGACGAACAGAGACUCGCACAGGCACCCAGCAGCGACGCCGAAUCAGGGACCGGUUCCGGGUCCAGCGAACGGGAUCAUGUGGUGGCAGAUAAUCCGCCGCAGACAGCGUCAGCCUCAGAAGCGAGCGAGGCGCCAGUCGCUCGGCUGCGCACCGUGGAGGCUUCCGGAGUGAGAGGCAUGUCUUCGCCCAGUGCAGGUGCACACGCCGAGAAAAGCAAACAGGACAAACCCGCUGCGAGCACACAAUGUAAACUGGAGAGCAGCAAGGAAUUAAUCGAGGAGGAUCUACUAAGGGAAAUAGAAGAGCUACGAUCUGAAAACGACUACCUCAAGGAUGAAGUGGACGAGCUGCGUGCUGAGAUGGAGGAGGUGCGAGACAGCUACCUGGAGGAGGAGAUGUACCAGCUGCAGGAGCUGCGGCGUGAGCUGGACCGCUCCAACAAGAACUGCCGCAUCCUGCAGUACCGGCUGCGCAAGGCCGAGCAGAGGGGGCUCCGCGCCGCACAGAGUGGACACGUGGACGGAGACUUGCUGCGCAGUCUGGAGCAGGACCUCAAGGUGGCCAAAGACGUGUCGGUGCGUCUGCACAAUGAACUGGAGAGCGUGGAGGACAAGCGCACACGUGCGGAGGACGAGAACGAGAUGUUAAGGCAGAAAAUCAUCGAGGUGGAGAUCUCCAAACAGGCCCUGCACAACGAACUGGAGAGGAGAGAGAAUGCACUCAGGAGGAGGGGGAGCCACAAAGACAAGAAAUCUUCAAUGCAGGAGGACAGUGCGGACCUGCGCUGCCAGCUACAGUUUGCCAAGGAGGAGUCUGCUCUGAUGCGUAAGAAGAUGGCCAAGCUGGGCCGCGAGAAGGACGAGCUGGAGCAGGAUUUGCAGAAGUACAAGAGCGUCUAUGGGGACAUGGACAGCCCCGUGGCCUCGUGCGAUGUUCCUGGCGGGGGCCCCCACAGCACACGCGAAGCCGAGCUGCGCCUGCGCCUCAAGCUGGUGGAGGAGGAGGCCAACAUCCUGGGCCGCAAGCUGGUGGAGCUGGAGGUGGAGAGCCGGGGCCUGCGGGCCGAGAAUGAGGACCUGCGAGCCCAGUGGGAGCGUGAGUGGGCGACCCGGGAGCCGGCGCUGGCUGGCGGUGGCAGUGGCCCGGCGUCACCGUACGAGUCCGUCGGGGAGCUGCGGCGCCACCUGCAGUUCGUGGAGGAGGAGGCCGAGCUGUUGCGGCGCUCCAUCGCCGAGAUGGAGGACCACAACCGGCAGCUGACCACCGAGCUCAGCCGCUUCAAGUUCGGCCCCGGGGAUGGUGAUGGGGAGGCGGGGUCAGGGGAGGGCCAGGUGGCGGGAGAGGGCGGGGUUACGGUGGGAAGUGUGGGGCCUCUGCAGGAGGAACUAAAGGCGGCACGGUUGCAGAUUAAUGAGAUGUCGGGGAAGGUUCUAAAGCUGCAGUAUGAGAACCGGGUGCUGGUGUCCAACGCGCAGCGCUGUGAUCUCGCCUCUCACCUGGGGCAGACACCCGGCGAAGGACACACCCACACCAUCACUGUGGCAAUCGCACGGGAGGAGGAAGAGGAGGAUGAUGAAGAGGCGGGUCAGGCUCUGCUUCUGCAGCCCAAGCGUGAGGGUCCCGUGGGCGGGGAAAGCGACUCCGAGGAGGUGGUGGAGCGCUCUGCUACCUCCGGAUUCUGCAGCAGCAGUGGAGGGGUGGGUCUGAAGCCAUGGGAGGCAGAUCUGAUUGGCCAGCGCAGGAGGGCGGAGGAGGGGCUUAGGCGGGAAGCUGAACGUCUGAGCCGGAGCGUGGACCACCUCAUCGCCGACACCGACAGUCUCAUUCAUGAGGGCGUCGUGGUGGUCACCGCGGCAACGGAAAGUUCAGGAGAGUGCGAAUCGUCAUCUUCAGCUACAGUGGUGGCGGCAGGCGAAGCCAAGCAGGACACGGCGGUGCUGGAGACGGUGAGUGCGCGCAUGAAGGCAUUCAGGGCAGAGCUCCAGGGCUUCAUGGAGAAGGUAGAACGUCUUGGCGACGGCCAGCGAGAGCGCGACCGCGGCGAUGACCUCUCACCCCUGCCACACCUCACUGAGUCCAGCAGCUUCCUCUCCACUGGAACCUCCCUGUCCCGAGACUCUCCCAUCGGCACUCUGGGAAGGGACCUGCUUGCCGACCUCCAGAUCCGAGAUCCGUCUGCCCCUGAGAUCACCUCUCCGGGCCGGGAGCUCCAGUUCCGCUUGGACCGCUUAAGACCUAGUCAGGAGGACCGUGAAGGCCUGACCGGAUCAAUCACUCAGCAGGAGGCAAGGCGGGGCCUGGAGCUACAAGGUCUACAAACGCACGAGGUGCCAUGGCCUCAAGAGAGGGCGCUGCUGCAGCAGGAGCUGCGGCUCUUCAGCCACCACACGGUCAUCCUCUACAUGAAGCUGCGCUGGAUUCUCACCCACUGGAGGCUCGGACGCAGGGCAGAGGCCGGCGAGGAGGGCGCCCAUGCAGAGUAUGAAUGCCUGGAGAACAUUCCUGAUCUCAGCGUCACCGUGGAGACGGAUGAUGGCGAGGGGGAGAUUAGACCCUGCGCCAAAAUCACCGGGGGAGUCGGGGAGGUCUCCGACCCUGGACUGCUACUAGCCUCACCGGAUCUCUACCAGCACCAAAAACAGCAGGUUGGCGAGAACCGGCGUGUGCUGCAUGCGUUGCGUUCCCUGCUGGAGGAGUUUGGCUGUGAACUGAGAGAGGAGGAGCAGAGGAGGUUGCAGCUACAGCAGACCUAUGCCAGCGAGAGAGCAUCAUGGGAAAUACAGCGCGCAGAGAUGAGACGCUGCCUUGCACAGCUGGAGGAGGUGGCAAGCUCGUCAGGAGGAGGUGCGGGAGCAGGAGCGUCUGAUCCCCUGAAGCAGGAGCGUGAGGAGCACCGGCGCCUCCUAGCAGAGAGCCACGGCGCUGCACUGGAGCUGCGCUGGAGACUACACCACGGGGAGAGAAGAUGGAGCCGCGAGAGACAGGAACUACUGGAACACUUCCACAGAGAGAGACAGACAUGGAUGCAGCGAGAGCUGGCCCUACCGGAAGGUAAGGAGGGGGGACUCCAGCGUGUCUUCUCCCCCCAGGAGAGCCCCUGCAAGCCCCCUCGGUCCCCGCUCUCCCCGCGCUCCCACUCAGACUCUGAGGCCACACUGGAGGACAGGGGACCGGCCGGCCGGCUCAGGCCGCUCCAUACUGCGGAGAGCCUUUUCCUGGACGCACUCUCCCUGGACCCCCCCAGCCAGGCCCAGGUGCCACCACCCUCUAGGCUCGAGAGCGAGAAGAGGUUCCCCUGCCUGAAGGAGGCCCUUAAUGAGAUCUCUGAAAGGGCGGAGCCAGAUGCGUACUCUGAUGAGGAACCGACCAGUGGGAGCCUCCUCCGGGCCAAGUCCGUUUGCUCCAUGAGCGACUUCCAGCGCCUGAUGGAUAGCUCCCCCUUCCUCCCCGACAAGGCAAGUCACCUCGGCGAGCGCGGUGGUGGGCGGGACCGUGGCGAGGUGACUCCGCCCCUCUCCCCGGACGACCUCAAGUACAUCGAGGAGUUCAACAGUAAAGGCUGGGAGCUGGCCAACGCCCUGAGCGCCUCCUGCCCUAUUCCAGGCCCCCUCACCCUCCUGGGGCAGCCGCCUCUGCAGCCCCCUCUCACUCCCGCUCUGGAGGCUUGGGGGGAUGCCCGGCGGCCCACCGACCCCACUGUCGACCCAUUUCAGCCGGGCUCGUGGUUCCUGACCACCAGCGCCACGCUCACCACCAGCACCCUGAGCAGCCCAGAGCACUGCCAGCCGGCACCGGCCCAACUGUCCCCCGGAGCUGCGGCGGAGCACUUUGGUGUGCGGGUGCUGCACAGCCCCACGAGGGGCAAAGACGGAGGCGGGGGCGUGGCGGAGGAGAUGUUCGGAGGGGCCAGGUGGGUGAGCGGAGGAGGUGGGGGUUACGCAGCGGCAGCGGCGGCGGCAUUGGAGCUCAACCUGAGCGACGACAUGAAGGAGGUGGCCUUCUCCGUGUGCAACGCCAUCCGCCCGCCGCCUCACGCUUCGCUGCCCGACCGACCCCUGCCCGCCCUGCGCGACUCGGCUUGCCAGACCAGCGGCUUUACCUCGCGGGGCACACAGACGUGCCACGUGGUGAGUGUGGGGCUCCAGACAGACGCCCUGCGGGCUCUCACCAGCAGCCCCCACCGCUGCCUCACACCCAAGGGGGGCGGGUCCACACCCGUCUCCUCCCCCUCGCGCACCCUCCGGCGGCCCCAGUACGUGCCCCCCGGACAGGCUAAGUUUGAGAGGCCCUGCUGCUCCCCGAAAUACGGCUCCCCGAAACUUCAGAGGAAGCCCGCCAGCACGGGCAAGACCGAGCCCGUGGGUGGCGGCGUGACAGGGGGCGGGGGAGGGGGUGCGAAUUCGGGUGCCCCUGGGACGGGAGGGUCCAGUAGAACACCGACGCCAACCUCCACGCCUCAGAAAGGGAACAGUGAGUCGGCGUGGGCACGCUCCACCACCACGCGCGACAGCCCUGUGCACACCACCAUUAACGACGGCCUGUCCAGCCUCUUCAACAUCAUCGACCACACGCCCCUGGCCCCGGAGCCCGCGGGGGGGAAGUUCACCCGCUCCCCCAGCAGGGUCAAACCUCAACAGGCCACUGCGGGUUGUGAGAGCACGGUGCCCCCUGCUGGAUCGGACCCUAAGUGCACUGCAGGGGGUGGAGGGGGGGCAGUUCAGGAGCUCCUUAGGGGCGGGGUGCCACGAGGCCGCUCCCCGAGCCCUGUGCAGCAGCUGGUCAUCAUAGAGACGCAGGGCGGGGAGGUGACAAGCAUUCGGCAGGACCUGUCCGCGCCCCCAGGGCACACGCUAGCGGAGAAUGCAGCUCGGCUGCUCAACAGGAAGCUCCAGGAGCAGAGCACCCGCGAGGACAGGAGGCUGCAGGUGGUGGCUGUGGGCCCAGUGCAGGGAGCUCAUGGCAGGGACGGCAGAGCCACAGACACUGGGGACAAGGCUGGAUGUUUGGAGGACCUGCCUCGUUCUCCAGUAGCCCCGCCCCUGGAGGCGUGUUUCCAGCGUCCCGCCCGUCCUGCCAACCGCCGGCCCCCAUCCCGUUGGGCCGCGCGCUCCCCUAACUCUUCCCCCACAUGGCGCAGCGCAGCCACUCAAAGGUUCCGCUUCCCCACCCAAACCAUCCCCGAGCUGGAGGAACCUAGUCUGGAGCCACACCCUGCGUGAGGAUGGGAGAGAGAGAGAGAGAGAGAGAGAGAGAGAGAGAGAGAGAGAGAGCGUGAGAGAGAGAGAGACCAGAAGUAAAGAGAUACCGAAAGAAGAGCAACAGUGAGACAGUGGGGAUGUGGGCCUUUUGCCAUCCUCCGUCCUGAUCCUCCUCCUACAUCUCUCUAUCUCUGUACUCUUUUGCAACCUCUUCUCUUCUUAUCUCUCCUCUUCUCUCUUAUGCCCCUUAACAUACAGCUCCCCUCCCCUCCCACCCAACACGCACACACAAACACACUCCCCAAUUCAAACUAAGCUCUUUGAGAGGACCACAAGCACCAGCUAACUAAGGACAGAGUUCCAGAACUUUCCAACAUAACUCAAGGACCCUGAAUGGAAUGUACCAAUGCAAAACUACAAGAGGGAAGAAGUAAAAACAAACAAACAAACAACAAAAAAAAUACAACUCUUCCUUCACAGGUGCCUGAGUUCUGAGUCCGGGCACAUGUCUGUGUGUUUAUGUGUGUAUAUAUGUAUGCAAUACAUAUAUGAAUAUAUUUAUAUAUUUAAGUCACAUUUACAGACAUUUUUGUUUCAGAUGCUCUAAGAGCAAAGUCACAGUAACUGUAAUAAGAAAUCUUUUUUUUUCACCUCAAGCAUCACACGUUUACACUUGCAAACCCCCAGCUGAUAAUGUUGUAUGCACACACACACACACACACACACACACAAACACACACACACACACACACACACACACACACACCACUUUUCAGAUAGCCACUGGUCCUGGCACGGAUUUGACCCAGACCUGGCCUGGUUAUUCCCCGGGUUCUGCUCCGGUUCCGUCAGGUCAGGUGCUAUCUGUGAUGUUGCUAUCACUCCCACCUGUAAAUACAUAACUGAAGCUAUUUUCUUAUCUGGAGCCUCUCCAGACGCCCCCCGCUGCUCAUGGCUUUCAUAGCUUGAAUGGAAAUGACACCGACCUACAAGCCAGAGAGCCUUCAGCAGCACUCGUGGUCAACCUGAGAGAAGACCUGGGGUACACAAGCACUGAGGAGGGUGGGGGAGUCAACGGCCCAUUUUAGUCGCUAGUUGCUGCAUUGAGAAGCAGCUACAUUUGGUGGCUAGAGUGAGUGACUGGUUCAGUCGAGCCCUUCUGCUUUGUGCAGAGAAACAUGAUGUCAACCAACCACCGUACGGAUGUAAGGUUAUCCCAGACCUCUGCCGAUUUUGGGCCGGGUUUUGGACCGGCUCUGGCCCGGAUGCCAUCUGGGUACCCAAAACUACCAAUGGAAGAGCUGAAUGUGGAGUCCUACAGGGGUGAGGAUCAGGGGUGAUGUGAUUAGACACCUUUAGUCUAAUGUAGCCAGACAUACGUCAACACAUCUGUCUGGAGGCAACUAUGGUUGCAGGUGGACUAUAUGUGGGUGGGAAUGAUCAUAGCAUUUACGACAUUUGAAAUGUAUAAAGCAACACAAAUAUCACCUGAAAGCAAGAGCUUGAUGGUCUUUGACUAAAAGUACAGGGGGAUUUACAGAAAUAUCAGUUGGCAUAGUCUUGCUGGCAUUCAUUUUCGUCGUACUUCUAGUCCACGUUAUCAACAAGUGGUCUCCAGGCUGUGAACUCUCAUCACGUCUGGCUCCGUAUGACUAGCCCAGAGUGGGAUUCAGGGGUGAGAUUAGGAUUGGGAUUGGGAUUGGAGGGAUUAGAAACUUUAUGCAUAAUUUGGGAGGCAACCCAGGGAGCAGCUGAUACUGGAGCAGGCCUUGCUCUGAUCCAGGCUGGCCUCAGCCACUGUCCAUGAGGCGAUGAAAAAUAAAAAAGAUCUGCAUGCCUUUUGAAUACUAGCACUUUAGUGCAUGUCCACAGACGCUCGCGUAUCCAAGUCAACACUGGUGGGGCAGGCCUGUACACACACACACACACACACACACACACACACACACGUAUGCCACAUGCUUUUGCCAUCAGCUAAGACAGACACACACUCCCACAAAAAGUAGUUAUCAUCUAUGUGUUGCUACACACAGCUCGGCACGCUGACACAUUCUCCCAAAUACACACACACACACACACACACACAUGCUCACAUGGAGCAGGCCUGUAACCACCAUUGGACGCACAUGUUGUUGACAGUCAUUCUGAGCUGUUUUUUUGUUGUCAUUCAAAUUUGCAUUGACUCAAAGUAAGAACACUUUUUACGUAACUUAUUACUGUACCUAUCUACACUGUCUUUGUAUAGUUGUUAUAAAAGGAUACAUUUUUUCUUUCUUUCAUGGAUAAAACGGGAUUGUAAAAAAAAAACGAAUGUUUUAAACCGAACAGUCAAUGUCAGAGUCUGAUGAAUUAUAAUCUGUUAAUUGGUAAUAAACUGAAUGUGUAUUUACAAGA